CGAUGGUCGCGCAAGAAUGUGAUAGAAGCUCGACGGUCGCCAUUUUCUUCCUUUCUUAGCAGUUAGCUGAGAGGAGGUCUCUGUGAAGAAGCGGCAGCGGUUCUUGUAGUGUAGCCAUGGCAGACUAUUCAACAGUGCCUCCACCCUCCUCUGGGUCAGCUGCUGGUGGUGGUGGCGGCGGUGGUGGAGGAGGAGUUAACGAUGCUUUCAAAGAUGCGCUGCAGAGAGCCCGGCAGAUUGCAGCAAAAAUUGGGGGUGAUGCUGGUACAUCAUUAAAUUCAAAUGACUAUGGUUAUGGGGGACAAAAAAGACCUUUAGAAGAUGGAGAUGGCUCUUGGACAAGUCCGAGCAGUACAACACACUGGGAGGGAAUGCCCUCUCCUUUUAAAGAUCAACCAGAUGCUAAGAAAGUUGCUCCUCAGAAUGACUCUUUUGGAACACAGUUACCACCAAUGCAUCAGCAACAAAGCAGAUCUGUAAUGACAGAAGAAUACAAAGUUCCAGAUGGAAUGGUUGGAUUUAUAAUUGGGAGAGGAGGUGAACAGAUCUCACGCAUACAGCAAGAAUCUGGAUGCAAAAUACAGAUAGCUCCUGACAGUGGUGGCCUUCCAGAAAGGUCUUGUAUGUUAACUGGAACACCUGAAUCUGUCCAAUCGGCAAAACGGUUACUAGAUCAGAUUGUUGAAAAAGGAAGACCAGCUCCUGGAUUUCAUCAUGGUGAUGGACCUGGAAAUGCGGUUCAAGAAAUCAUGAUUCCAGCUAGCAAGGCAGGAUUAGUUAUUGGAAAGGGAGGAGAGACUAUUAAACAACUUCAGGAACGGGCUGGAGUUAAAAUGGUUAUGAUUCAAGAUGGGCCUCAGAACACUGGUGCUGAUAAGCCUCUUAGGAUUACAGGCGACCCAUACAAAGUUCAACAAGCCAAGGAAAUGGUGUUAGAAUUAAUUCGUGAUCAAGGUGGUUUCAGAGAAGUUCGAAAUGAGUACGGGUCAAGAAUAGGAGGAAAUGAAGGGAUUGAUGUUCCGAUUCCAAGAUUUGCUGUUGGCAUUGUAAUAGGAAGAAAUGGAGAGAUGAUCAAAAAAAUACAGAAUGAUGCUGGUGUUCGAAUUCAGUUUAAGCCAGAUGAUGGAACAACACCUGAUAGAAUAGCACAAAUAACAGGACCCCCAGACCGAUGUCAACAUGCUGCAGAAAUUAUUACAGACCUUCUUCGAAGUGUUCAGGCUGGUAAUCCUGGUGGACCUGGACCUGGUGGUCGAGGAAGAGGUAGAGGUCAAGGCAACUGGAACAUGGGACCACCUGGUGGACUACAGGAAUUUAAUUUCAUUGUGCCAACCGGGAAGACUGGAUUAAUAAUAGGAAAAGGAGGUGAGACCAUAAAAAGCAUAAGCCAACAGUCUGGUGCAAGAAUAGAACUUCAGAGAAAUCCUCCACCUAAUGCAGACCCUAAUAUGAAAUUAUUUACAAUUCGUGGCACUCCACAGCAAAUAGACUAUGCUCGGCAACUCAUAGAAGAAAAGAUUGGUGGCCCAGUAAAUCCUUUAGGGCCCCCUGUACCCCAUGGGCCCCAUGGUGUCCCAGGCCCCCAUGGGCCUCCUGGGCCUCCAGGGCCUGGAACUCCAAUGGGACCAUACAACCCUGCACCUUAUAAUCCUGGACCACCUGGCCCAGCUCCUCAUGGUCCUCCAGCCCCAUAUGCUCCUCAGGGGUGGGGAAAUGCAUAUCCACAUUGGCAGCAACAGGCUCCUCCUGAUCCAGCUAAGGCAGGAACGGAUCCAAAUUCAGCAGCUUGGGCUGCUUAUUAUGCUCACUAUUACCAACAGCAAGCACAGCCACCACCUGCAGCUCCUGCAGGUGCACCAACUACAACCCAGACUAAUGGACAAGGUAACUAUGGAGAUCAGCAAAAUCCAGCUCCAGCUGGACAGGUUGAUUAUACCAAGGCUUGGGAAGAGUACUACAAGAAAAUGGGUCAAGCAGUUCCUGCUCCUACUGGGGCUCCACCAGGUGGUCAGCCAGAUUAUAGUGCGGCCUGGGCUGAGUACUAUAGACAACAAGCAGCUUAUUAUGCCCAGACAAGUCCCCAGGGAAUGCCACAGCAUCCUCCAGCACCUCAGUGCAGGUUUGAUCCAGCCAGUAUAGAACUAGCUCUGUAGGGGUGAGGAGGACUGUGCUGUGUAUCAUCCUUGAUUGUGUUCCUUCAAGGAGCAUUGCACUGUAAGUACAUCAGAAUGACAAAUUGAUGAACUGCAACAGUAUCUUUUUGUCAAUGUUCCACAUAAUGCAAAUGCCAUAUUUUGUGUGAAUAUUAUGUUGGAAUACAGUGCUAAUAUCUUGGAAAACUAUAAUUGCUUAACAUAGAAUAAUACAUAGUUCUGUUUUUUUUUUUCUAAGUGAGCUUAAUGGGUAAGUAUUUUUGAUAUGCUUUAGCUAUAGCUAAAGAAAACUUGAUCAUUAAAAAAAUUGAACAGUAUUAUUGGUGCUCCUAAAAUAUUGUUUUUUGGUUAAAAUAUGCAUAUCGUAUAUUAAUAUGAAAAACUUGAAAUGUGUAAGACAGAAGUGGUUCUCAGCUUGCAAAUAAUAAGCAAUGUAGCACUUUUAACACCAUAAAUAUAUUUUCUGUCAUUGGUGGGGAGCACCAUUUGUUGCUUUGAAUAUACUGUAAAGGAAGAUGUGCAAGAACAAAAUGUUGAGAUUACCUGUAGGGGAAAAUAGCAGUACAGUUCAUUUUAGAUAUUUUGAAAUGUUUUUGAUUGUUUUAUAUAACCUAGAGUGAUUUCCCUUACCCUUAUUUAGAUAUGGAUGUGUAGUACUAGUUUGAAGUUUAAUAGUUAAGGAGUUAGUUAAUCUAUUAUCUUUAAGAUUAGGGUAUUGACAUGAAAAUUUGAGUAUUUUGCAUGAUUCUGUUGUGUAGAUGAUCUUUUAGGAAAGUGGUGCAUUUAUUAAUUAAAACUGAAGAAAUAGUUCAGUUGGAUUCAGUAUCAUAACUCACAAAUUGGAGGCUGUUGAUUUUGAUUCAUUUAAGGUUUAAAAUCUUUAUUAAUUGCAAACAGUGCAAUUAUUUAUACUUCACAGUGCCUUCCCAGACCUUCCACCUUAGGUUCUGCUGCAAAAAGCACAGGUAAGCACAACCUAAGGACAUAUAUAAAUAAAUAUUUCAGUACAUUAAUGUUGUCCCUGUGAGGUUUUUGUGGUUGUGUACUCAAAAGCAAUCUGCUGCUGCUACCCCAAAAUGUAUUUUGUUAUGCUACCAUUUUAGUGGAAAGUCUGUUAAGUUGUUCAAGCAACUGUACAUUUCUGGGUUAUGUUUUUCAUUUUAAUUUUUUUAUUAAAACGAAAGUAAUGUAGAUUGCUGCUAUAACUGAUCUACAUGCAAAUCUUGCAUUUUUCCCCAAAAUAUAAAAUUGUUGCAGUUAAGAAAGGACAGUUGCAUAGUUUUCAAAAUUUAGGAAAUCGGUUGGUCAGAAACUUCAACAGCCUUCACAGUCUGUUUAUGAUUGACACGACAUUUUCUUUGCCCUCCAAAGCUAUGGUUUCUUUAUUUUCUUUUUUCUUAUUCUUGAACUAUAAUAAAUCAGUAAGAACAUUAUGGGACAGUUUUUAUUAUCAUUUUUUUUCUUAGACAAGUCUGUUUUCAUAACAAAUGCUGAAAAGAAAAAAUUAUGAAAUACUGGCAGUAUGUUUUGAUAAAAGGCAUGUGCAUCAGUGAAAUGUUAACUGUAUAGCAAAUAACCUUUCAUAAUCUGUGUAGCAACCAAUAUUUUUCUGACUUAUAAUAUUUUAAUAACUGACGCUGCAUUUAUUUUAUUUUUGCCAGUUUUAAGUGUUUGUGUGUUCUUAUAGAUGAUUUUAACUGGUACAUAAUUUUGAGUUAAGAUGAUUGUAUUAAAGCAGCAUCAUACCAGUUUUGUUUAUUCAGUUUCUAAAAUGUGCUGAUCCUUUUAAAACUCCUGCUUAUCUCUACAUCAAAGAAAAAUAUUCAAAAAUACUGCCUUCAUUUUCACACACAGUGCUGAAGAUGCUGCAAGCACCAAAUCAUAGCUCAUAAAAUCAGGUCCUGAGAUAGUUACCCAUAAAGAGGAAUCCUUUGAGUGUAUGCCAUUGGUGAGCCGAUGAGCAUGGACCAUAGAAGGGCUCAAUGUAGAAGGUAAAAUUGGCAAAUCAUAAUUGAGAAAUAUGAAAUGUAUUCCCAUACAUAAUAUGGUAUAGGGUGUAAUGUACCUGCUUUUGAUCACUUUUCAUUUUAAAGUGCUGUUCACUUGAUCUUAAAUGUUCCAUGAACUGUUAAAUUUCUUAAGUUACUGCACCACAUUUAUGCUUUUGUGUGUUUGAUAGUCAAUGCUAGUUAUGUUAAAAUUUGAUAAUACAAAGGGGCUCUUGACUUUAAGAGCCUGUCAAGUUUUGGUUAGUUGUAGUUUGCAUUUUUAUAAAAGAAAAUAUAGAUGAAUGCUAAUAGAUAUUGUGGCAUUGUUGCUAUCUCAUGAGAAUUUUUUAAUUCAUAAGCCUUCUUGAUAAAAUAAGCAUUUUUUUAAAAUGGCGCUAACCUUUCCAUAAUUUUGAAAUAAAGGGAAAGCAGAAAAGGUGAGCCAGAUGGUUUGAAAUGAUAAUGGAUCUUAGUGGUGGUAGGGAAAAAAAAUGUUUAGAUUGAAAUUUAACUGAUUGAUUUGAUUAGCACUUGAGCAAAAACUUGACAAUGUGUUUUUAAAACAUCUUAGUGUUGUGAUACUUAGAAUUCUAUAGUUUGAUGUUUUUUGUUUUUUUUUGUUUUGUUUAGAAAUAAGUAUAGUGUUUUAACUAAUGAAAAUGGUUUAAUACUAAGAAUAGUGAUUUGAUACUAGUUGUUUAUUAACAUUGUAAAACGUAUCCUUAAACAAAUAUCUUUGAGGUUUAUUCAUAAUGGCAGGUUUGGUUAGGUGUAGCAGAGUGACUUAGAAAGAAAUAGGAGUAUAUUACUAAGUAACAGUAUUUGUUUGGAUGCUCUUCCAGUAGAAUCUUCUACCUAAAAAGUUAUCUGUUGUCUAGAAUAAUGUAGUAGAGUUUACUAAUCAAUGAGGAUGUUUUACUUUUUUUUUUCUGCAAAUUCUGCCUCAUUUAAAAAUGCUUUUUAACAAUACCUAGUUAAAUAUAAUUUGACUCUGAAAAUAACCUUACGUUUUAUUUGAACAGUCACUUGAUUUUUCUUACCACAAUAAAACUUUCGAGGGAUUUUUAAAUUGGUGCUUUUAAAAAGCAAAUAAAUCCCAGAGUUUUAUUUUCUUCAGUAAUACCCCUAAAGAAAACUCUUAAAUGUAUUUGCGAAUAUAUAUAUAUAUAUUUUUUCUUAUGCAUGCUCGAUGCAUUUUCGUCCUGAGAAAAGUGUUCUCUACAGAAACUACCCGUGUGUAAAAAGAAGAUUGGCUUAAAAUGGCUACUGUGAUGGGAACAGUGUCUUAGGGAGAUGCAGCUUGGACUUGAGGUAAAUUGAAUACUUUACAAACUGUGGUUUAGAGUUUGCUUUAAUGACACUGUAUGUAAAAGGACGUAUGCUUGCUGUAAUUUUGUAUUCAUUUUGGUCUCCUCAAUAAAAUAAAUAAAUAAAUGUACUUUGAAUUAUAA